AUGGCUGGUGAGACGGUGGCUCGCUUGAAGGAGACGCAAGACGUCUUCAAUCACAUAUUCCACUCAUCAUUAAGUCUCGCAAAGCUCAGGGAUGCUGCGCUAGGCGGCCGACUCCUGCGCCAGUCAGAGGAUGAGGGUGCCAGAGUCCCAGGGAGGAGUAUUGCUUGGAAGGUCUUUCUGACACCCGAAGACCCACUCAAGCCGCGUAUAGACCUGUCGAUUACGUCGUUCCUGGAGAGCUGGAGGGGCUACCGCAGACAAUACAGUGACCUGCUCCUGAAGCAUCUCCGAGCACCGGAUGGGAGCUACGAGGAGAAACUGGUUAUUCCAGGCAUGACCGGCUCCCCCAAGCGAUCUGGAGUGAACGGAGACCUGGAUAAGAACAAUCCACUUAGUUUGGACCAGGAGAAUCCCUGGAAGGAGUGGUUUGCAUCGAUGGAGCUUCGGAAGACGAUUCAGCAGGAUGUAGAGCGCACCUUCCCGGACCUCGACUAUUUCCGUGAUGUGGAGGUGCAAUACCAGCUUACAAACAUCCUCUUCAUAUACUCGGUAACACACCCAGACAUUGGGUACAGACAGGGCAUGCACGAGCUGCUCGCGCCCCUGUAUUAUGCCGUCGAUUACGAUUCGGUGAACGUCGCGAGCGGCGGUGAUACUGAUAAGGCGUUGGCGGACGUCUGUGACAAGACUUGGCAGGCGGCGGACGCUUGGCGGCUUUUCGUGUCGGUUAUGGAGGGUGCAGGGCGGUGGUAUGAGUGGAGGGAGAGCCUUACCACGGCGGCCUCAUUCUCGAAAAUCCCGGCCCAUGUCGAUCUGAACACAAAGGACAUACAGCCGCUCCAGCCGUAUGUGACACCGAUCGUCCAGGCGUGUCAUAAUAUCCAGUUCAACUUGCUCAAGAGCGUCGACCCAGAGUUGUGGAAGGCGCUGCACUCGUCGGGUAUCGAGCCGACGAUAUAUGGGAUGCGGAUGCUCCGUCUCUUGUUCACAAGAGAGUUUACUUUGCCGGAUGCUAUGGUCCUGUGGGAUGGACUGUUCGCGGUUGACCAUACAUUGGAUCUAGCCCAGUGGGUUUGCGUUGCAAUGCUCAUCCGAAUACGCAACAAACUAAUACCUGCUAGUGAUAACGAACAACUGAUGUGCCUCCUCCGCUAUCCUCCACUACCUCCACAAUCAGCCAGCGAUCCCUCGUCUUCUCGGCACCAUACGACCAUCCUCCUGCAGCAGGCACUAGCCUUGCAAAUGUGCCCGACCCCAGCCACGGGUGCCGCCAUGGUUCAGGAGAACCGCAACUUCCUACACAUCCCUGCGGAGGUGCCCGAACCAGAGCCUGCACGCCCUCAACGUCGAGGACCGAGGGGCAGGUCUGGGUCUGACAUGCCUGUUCAUAGAUCAGAUGGGAAUGCCAGUGCUCCCAGAGCCGGGCAUUCGAGGCAGCAGUCGUCACAGGUGGCCCUGGAGUCGAUUGCAAGGGGGCUGCUGGACCGCGGUGAGGCACUUGGUAUCAAUAAAACAUUAAUGAAUGCAGUCACGGAAAUCAAGCGGAAUCUGCCAGAGCUCGCGGCUUCGCUAGUCCGGACUCCACCGGCGUCUUCUACGUCGUUCACGGACUUUCCUCUUACUGACGAGAGGCCGCCAGAGGAGCGACCGCCAUGGGAGCCCCGCACUAGAUUUGAGAUGGAAAGGGAGAUAUCACAAUUACGCUCCACGCAAAAAAAGCUCGGGGUUUCUGUGGCCUGGAUCGUGGAUACUCUGCUUCAAGACGAAGAUAACCGGGCUGAAGACGACCUCAAGAGCGUCCAAGAACGGAAACGAGAGGCGCUAGAAUGCUUGGCGUACGUUCGGGAUGUUCUCACAAGUGGCGCCACGUUCGUGGAAGAGGAGAGGUUAGUUGGGGAGGAGGAAUUCAAGAGGCGGAAGGCCAAGGCGCAGGAGGAACCGCCACCAGAGUCAUCAGCGAGGACGGCGCAGGAGCCUUUACCUGUUGUUACACUCCCUCGGCCGGUAGCUCCUCCCGUCCCGCCUUCCAAUGAGUCUCGACCAAGACCAUACCACUCGGGUACUGCCGAUGGCCUGGCGCCGUCUCGCUCUCCACCUUCCGCUCGCUUUGCCAGAUCCCCGUCACCGCCUGUUGUACGAUCACCUCCACCUUCACGUUCUUCCCCUGCGACACCUAUGGUCCUGGCGCCCAACACUAGUGGGAUGCCCAUGGCCCCUUGGAACUAUACCAAGUCUAGUUUCUCGGAGCCAGCUUCCCACAUUGCCACGCUCCCUCGCCCUCCUCCUCGGGUAUCUACGGUGUCACCGAGUAACUAUAUCGCACCGUCUCGACCGCCUGUCCCGGACCCACCACAGGUUGUAUCUCCUACGCAGGGAGAGCGCCGUGAGGUCCAGCAAGAUCCUCUUGGUGCACUUUCAUAG